AAAUCGUGAAGCUAAGCUUAGCUUGAAGUUCAAAACACCAUCACCAAAGACCCAAGAUGUAGAAUAAACGUCCUUUUUUUUUUAUUGUUUUGAGAGCAAGAAAAAUGAAGGACAAGUGCUGCGACAUGUGCUGCGACAUGUGCCGCAUUCAUAGGAUCACAUUUUCAUCCCCCUCAGCCCAGACCCAGCCCAGAUGCAAGCCUCGAAUGCAUAGAAAGCCCUUGUGUUACACCAACCUCAAGGGCAUUCGAUGCCCAACAGUCCUCUCGCGAUCAUCGGACCGGUCCGACAAGCUUGAUUCGCUAAAUAUACUGAAUUUUGCUUCUGUGGGCGAAAGGUAGUCCCGCAUGCAUACUCCUGCUGGUCAAGGUAUAUAUGAGGCCCAAAUCCCCCAUCUCAAGACUACUACUCAACUAGCAUUUUUUUUAUCAUUUCAUCACCACUAAGACCAAAAAACCAUGUGUCAAAUUGUUGAAGAAAACGGCAACAAACCGCAGAAGCAGAGUCAGAACUGCUGCAUGCAAUCCUCGGCUACGCGAUCUUCACAGGGUCCUGCCGAUCAGCCUCAAUAUCACGUCGAGAGCUUCCCCAUCCCCGCUCCUCAAUCGGAAUAUGACUUUGAUCAUCGGAGAACUAUCACCAUUGAAUCUCAGCAGCGACUAUGGCCUCAGGACAUCUGGGUUCACAGUCCACAUGGACGACAGCUGUAUCAGCCUGUAUUGAUGUUUGAGACGACUGCCCCGGAGGACAAGACGGAGACGAAUGGACAUGCUUCUAAGAGCGGUUAAUGUCCUCAACACCUGGACGGAGAAAUGCCGGUAUGCGAUGCGAUAUGGGAUGUUUGUCUGGAGGAGUCGUGAUGGGAAAAUGGAAUUGAAAGGGAAUGGGACGGUAUGUUGGAGAGUCUGUGAUGACAUCGCCAAUCAGAUCAAUUGGGAUUUAUUUGCAUUUCGACCAAAAAAAAACCAAAAAAAAACAUAAAACAAGAACAAGGGCUUUCUACGUCUGUACCAUCGCAUUUGGGGCACUGUACUAGCAUAGCGAACACGAUUGAUGAGACAUAAUAAAUCGCAAUCGAUUCCCCAACAUCAACAUGAUCGCCUUACUCUUGCCAAUUGAAGCUUCAACACUCAAACCUCCACUCAACAUCCUCCCACCCCUCCCUCAUCACUAUCUCAGCUCCCAACCCAGCGCCAUACCUCUCCGGCCGCACCGUCCCGCCCGCAAGCUGCGGCCCCAGCAUCUUGACAUCGCCAAACCGCAUCCCAACAGCCUCAAUCUCAAAGCCUAGCAGCAGAGCAGACGCGAACCCAAUGAUCUCUGCGAAAGCGAGGUUUCGGCCUGGGCACAGAUGGCGACCGCCGCCGAAGGGUAUAUACGCUGCCUUGCGCUUGCGCUCCUCUUCAAAGUUUCCCCUGGAAGAUGGGAGGAAGCGCUCUGGAUUGAAGACGUUGACAUCAGCGCCCCAGACACUGUCCUCGUAGUGUGCUACGCCAGCGGGAAGUUGCAGGUCUGUACCCUUUUUAAGAAUAUAUGUUGUUCCUUCGGGCGUCGUGAUGCUUGUGUCUUCGAGGAUGCGUCGCAUGCUGAGGGUCUGGUUCGCAAGACGUAGUGUCUCGCGAUAACAGCUCACCAGCAGAGGAAGCUUCUCUUCAAAAUCUGCUAUAUUAAACGUCGCACUCCUCUUCCCAUUAUUAUCCUCUAUAACAGCUGCAUCCUCAGCUUCGACUCGUAUCCGCGCGAGGAGAUCUGGUCGGUCAAGGAUAUACAAUAAGAGCCAGUAAAACGUCGGCACAGCAUUAAGCGUCGCCACAUUCGGAAGAAUAACCUCAAACUUCCCGAUCUCAUACCCCGUUAGACCGUUCUUUCGCAGUGCUCCGGCGCGGUUUCGUACGAGGGCGGAGACACUGGGAUCGUGGAUGUCGUGGUCUUCGGAGUACCAUUUGCAAGCGAUGUUUUGGAGCGUGGAGCGCGCUUUGUAGGCUUUUGGCAUUGUGAUUGAUGGGAAGAGCGAGAGGAGGAAGUAGGGGACUGAUUCUUCGAAAAGCCUGGCUUAUUAGCGGUGCGUAGACGCGGGAUGGGGGACAUACCACAUGUCUUCAAUUAAAGAAGGAUCGCCAUUGAAAGGAUCGGUGUCGCCGUAGAGAGAUCGCGUUGUAGCGAGGCUCAUAACAUCGCGACACCAGAGAUAAAGAUUCUUCACGUGUAACCGUCCAUUUGCGACCGUCUCCUUUCCCG